GUGCCUUUAUGUUCACACUGGAAGUUUCAGCCUAUAAAACACCUGCCUGCUACUAUGGCUUUGCCUCAUUCCCUCCCAGAAACUCAAUCAUGUUUACUUCCCGCUCCAUCAUGUUUGCGCUCCUCAGCUUCCUCGUUGGCACCAAUGCGUGUAUAGAGUGCCCAGCCACAUUGAUGGUCGACGGUAGUGCCAUGCGCCUAUCGGAAAACUGGCCAGGCGUCUAGACCACAUGGUGCAUUUAUGGAUCAUUAAUGUACUGUAUAUAUUACAGUGUAAGUGCUUUCUGGAUAUUUUGCGGCUCAUUGUUCUCGCUUGACAUGCUAGCGAUUAUAUCAGGGUGACGGCAAGUUGGCAGGAGGGAAUGCGUCGUGUCUGGCUACAGCACCUAUGAUGAAAAGCUGCGUAACAUGAUUUGAAGAGGUAGGGGAGACGAGACACCCAACAGGAGGAGUAAUAUUCGUCUGCAGACGCCUCCUUGUAGUAUAUAUUAUACAGAGGAGAAUGGUG